CCGCCGCUCCAUGGUUCGUCUUUGGCUCUCUAUGACCCUCCUAUCGGUGGUGCUGGCUGGCGCCGGCCACGCCCACGCCUACGAGGCGCCAGAGGCCCGUGUGCGUGUGUUCUAUCCCAAGGGAUUCGAGGUCUCCAUACCGGAUGCUGAGGGCAUCUCGCUGUUCGCCUUCCAUGGCAAGGUGAACGAGGAGUUUGAUGGCCUGGAGGCGGGACGCUGGGCACGCGACAUACCCAAAGCCAAGCGUGGACGUUGGACUUUUCGGGAUCGUGAGACGGUGCUGAAUCUGGGUGAUACCCUGUACUUCUGGACCUAUGUGGUGUACAAUGGACUGGGCUAUCGGCAGGAUGAUGGCGCCUUUGUGGUGUCUGUUUAUGACAAUCAAAGGAAUUAGCGGGUGAAUCUCUCUCUCUCUCUCUCUGU